AUGGCAGAGAUCGGGCUAAUCGCGAGUGUCGUCCAGGUCGCUGGUGCGGGGCUCAAACUCUCACAUACACUCUAUCAGUACGUUGAUGGAGUGGCAACGGCGGAUCGCAGGAUCAAGGAUAUCGCAACGGAGAUUCGGCUAACUAGCUUUGUUAUUGAAGAGCUGGGCAAUGUUUUCAAGAGUGAUGAAACGAAGACUUUGAUUUCCAAGGGUGCUCUCAAAACGGCGGACGAGACAAUGAAGGAGUGUUCUGAUGUGUUUGCCGAGAUCGAUGCAACGCUCAAAAAGAGCAAGAAGAACACUUUCGGACGGCUGAUGCUUCCUUUCCGAGACACCAAGAUCGAACUUCUGCGAAGCCACAUCGACAAGCUAAAAGAUACUUUGACACUCCUACUGGGUGUGCUAUCUGUCGCACACCACGUCGCAACUAAGAAGCUCGAUCGCAAAGCUGAGGCUGAGGCAAAGGCUCAAAUUCAGGAGCUGAUCGAACUCAAAAAGAAGUCGGCUAAGAAGUACGAGGAGUCGCUCAAGAACUUCAGCAUCAGCGAUGGCAGUAGUCAAACCCUGCUGGAUGAUGCAGACACAGAAACUGUGGAAGAGACCGUUCAGGUCAAAGCUGCGGACGAGGACCCUUCUGCUCCUCUCUCGGCCAUGGCGAUCGCUUCGAGCAUCAACCCAAAAACUCUCGAGACUUGUGUACAGCACGUGCGAAGUUUGCUGGACAGCAUCGAAACUCUACAACAAGCUCUCACGAGUGCAGUCGAUGGAAGUGAUCAUUCCACACAUCAUCAGAGUCUCAUCGACUCGUACUUCCUUGCUCGUGGUCAUCUUGAUGGUGUCAUAUUCCGUGGAUCACCACAACAGGAUCUAGUGACUGACACACAACCGAGUGUAGAAUCGACUAAGAAACCCUCCUUACCCAGUGGACUUGCAUCGGCGCACAGCAGUGCUAAGAUCAGACCAGAGGUCGUCAUUGAAUUCGGCACAACGAAAGGCAAAGUGUCUGCGGGACAUGUAAGCUCCAUCACCUCCACAAACAGCUACCUCGAAUCCGCAACCUUCAUCAAGUACACCUAA